AUGGCGGAGUCUUCCGACCCAAAACGCCUAUGCGAAAGAUGUAAUCCUAUAAACCUGGAGGAUCUCAAAGGAGCAGACGGCUACAUGCAUCAACCAUCAUUCAAGGCCCUUGUGGACAGCGCAAGUGGUUGCAUGCUAUGCAAAUUGAUUGCAGAGGCUUGUGUUCAUUAUUUGCAUGAGCAAAGGGUGAACAUUGAUGCGGCAACUGGUAAUGUAGGCCCUGUUCGAUUGUUUGCAACUGGCCGGAAGGACCGUCUUUCGGGAAUGGAAGUGCGAAAUUUCGCAGCACUUCGAGAGAGGCAGCUGUCUCAAAAUGCCCUCGUGACUGUAGGUGAACUUACAGAGAAGCUGGUCGUUGGCCCAUCUCGGUCAAUCCUGCUUGAGAUAUAUGCAUUGAAAGGUAGGUCGCUGCAGCGACGAUUGCGAGCAUCUACUCACUUUAUUAAGAUUCUUCUGCCGAGGAAGCUGGAAUCCUUAGACUGAGGGAGAUUGAAAGUCAUGCUACAUGCCAAGCCAACUUUUCAAGGCUAAGAAAUUGGCUCGAAAUAUGUAAACGACGACACAUGAUGUGUUCUCUGGAACAUAUCCAGCAACUUGUUGGCAAAUCAUGUAUGCCGAAGCGACUCAUUGAUCUCGGGGCAUGGGAUGCCUCAUCGACCAAACCGAGGAUCAUUCAAACCCGAGGACGUCAAGAACAGUACGUUGCUCUAAGCUACUUCUGGGGGACAGUGCAGCAUUUCCGCACUACAAACGAGAACUUCAGUGAACUACAGAAGUCGAUUCCUGUGGAACAGCUUCCACAGACCAUCCGAGACGCUUUCUUCGUUGCUCAAAAAUGGGAUGGUUCAACGAACAUGGAGUGGCAUACCGCUCCCAAAUCUAUGGUGACGCUUGUCUGA